AGAGUCCGGCUGCCUGGCGCGGACAGCGCGUGUCUGAGCUCCGCCGAGUCCGCCACCCGCGCCCCCAGGAUGUUGUCCGUCCUGAACGAGUGGCUAUGGCAGGACAAGCUCUGGCUGCCGCCCAACAGCUCAUGGGCGGACCUGGAGGACCGAGAUGGCCAGAUCUACCCCCACCCCCAGGACCUGCUGGCAGCCCUGCCCCUGGCGCUGGUCCUGGUGGCCUUGCGUCUGGCCUUUGAGAGGUACUGGAGGUUCUUGUUCUAUCUCUGCUCCUCUGUGGGUGGCUUCUCCAUCCUGUACCACGAGUCGUGGCUGUGGACGACGGUCAUGUGCUGGGAAAAUUACCCCAAGCAGCCCUUGAAGCUCGCCAUGUAUUGGUGGUACCUCCUGGAGCUGAGCUUCUACUUGUCCCUGCUGAUGACGCUGUCCUUUGACACCAAGCGCAAGGACUUCAAGGAACAGGUGGCCCACCACCUCGUGACCAUCUUUCUAGUUACCUUCUCCUACAGCGCCAACCUGCUGCGCAUCGGCUCCCUGGUGUUUCUGCUUCACGACUCGUCGGACCCCCUGCUGGAGCUCCGUGCUUUCUCUGGCCUUUUCUGA